AGCCGGACCGUUAAAAACGUGACACACGGACACAAACACACACGUCCCGAAAUUCCUGUGGAAUCCAACCAAUCAGAUGAAGAACUCAAAAAUCCUGAAGCUCUUCCAAUUUUGUGUGCCACUUGUAUCGGGGACGAUGGGGUACGUUUGUCCAUCGUGGGACAGGAAAACGCUCUAAUGUGGGAAGUCGGAGUUUUGGACUUCCUAGUUAUCGCGAAGUAGCAACAACAACAACAACAACAACAGAGCCUAAUGCCAUAGACCUCUAACGCCUUAGUCCACUGACCUGUUGCCUCUCAUACGUGCAGGUGUCAGUGAGGACUUGUAUAAGUGACCCGUGGCAGUGGACAUCGUGAAACUCAAAGCUCCAGAGUCAAACCAGGGACUCUGUGUUACAUGUGGUCGAUUUAAAACAGUUUAACCUUUUGGUUCCCCCCAAAAAAUGUUAAGGACAACAGAAAUGCCCCAUCCUGACAGAGGGCCUCAUGCUCAUCCAAGCAGGCAAGGGAAUGCUGGUGUCCACCAAACUGAUGACGACUACCUGUCUGAUAGGGACAGUGUAAUUAUUCCUGGCCCUCUGAUGAGCAAUAAUAUGCAGAUGGAGGACCUGGUUGAUUUUAUCCUGAGGAAAUCUCAGGAGUGUCUCGAACAUGUGGAGCAACCUGAGCAAAAGGAGUCAUAUUUCUUCUGGAAGAUUAUGGAGCUUCUUUGCAAAAAGAAAGGAAAUGUAUUACUGCCUGAAGUUGCAGUGAUCCUUUUCAAGGGAUAUGGCUUGCUGAGACAAAAGCUUGGGGUUAAGAACCAAGACGGAUGGUGUCUUCCCCUGGCGCAGCUUUUAUGCUCCAAUGAACCAAAAUAUGAACACUUAAAAGCCGUGGUUAACAUGGGACAAAAGCUUGAUUCUGAAGGACUGACGUAUGCUGCACACAUCUGCUACGUGAUAGCACUGGAGGAGCUGAAAACAUGUCAUAGGCCGAGCUUUGAACUGAUUGGAUGUGACCGUUUGCCAGUCAGUCAGCCAGCCAUGAGGGAUGCUAUCGAGAGAACUGAGGUGUACGAAUACGUGUGCUCGCUGACCUCAGGGCUUGCCCAGCCUAACUUCCAGAUCUACAAGUGCUAUCACGCCAGCAGUCUAGCCGAGUAUGGACUUUUUAAUCAGGCCCUUGAUUACUGCGAGACCAUCGCCAGAGCGAUUGCCACCUUCCCUUGCAAAAUCACAAAGGCCACAUUGGAACAGACUAUUGCACUGUCCGAGAGACUACACAAAAGGAAGCGGAAUGAACCUGAGUGGCUGCUGAAACUUCGUCAGCUGCACAGAGCCAAUGUGUUUAAGCUUGAGGAAUGUGGCCUUAUGACCGGUGAGAUGCUCGCUCUCCAGUUUCCUCUUGGAGAGAACCGUAUUACUUCUGAGGAGGAGUUUGAUUCGCGAUACACUCUGGAGAAUCUGCUGGGAGAAGUAGGCUUCGGAUCCGUCCGUGUAGGUGUACGUAAGGCGGAUGGCAAACAGGUAGCCAUUAAACAUGUGGGCAAAAGUCGAUAUGAUGAAUUCAUCACCAUUCCUGGAGAGACACAGAGUGUACCUUUGGAGGUGGCAUUAAUGAAAAUGGUGUCCAAACCAUUUGGCUGUGAGAACGUGCUGGAGCUGAUAGAGUGGUUUGAGAUGGCCGAUUAUUACAUCUUGGUCCUGGAGCAGCCCAGCCCCUGUAUGGAUCUCCAUGAAUUUUGCAAACUUCACAAAGGUCGACUGUCAGAACCACUGGCUCGACAAAUCAUGCAUCAAGUGGUUCAGGCUGCCCGUCAUUGCUGUGACUGCGGCGUUCUUCAUGGAGACAUCAAGGCAGAGAAUCUGCUGAUCAAUACCGACACCCUGGAUGUGAAGUUGAAAGACUUUGGCUGUGGGGAUUUGCUCAAAGACACCCCCUACACAAAAUAUGCAGGCACUUGGGCUUUCUGCCCUCCUGAGUGGAUAUGUGAAGGACAGUAUUUGGGUCGUCCUGCUACAGUCUGGAGUCUUGGUGUACUGCUGUAUAACUUGGUGUGCAGAGACUUGCCUUUUCAUAAAGAGGACAACGUUUCUCGGAACACGCACUUGGCUCCCAGUUUGUCUGGCGAAUGCAGUGAUCUGAUAUGGUGGUGUCUGGAACAAGACCCUCACUCUCGGCCAACUUUCGAGGAAAUACUCAGCCACAAAUGGUUUAUGGGACUUCAGAACAUCAGAGAAUAGACCAAAUUAUAACGAUCUAAGAAUAGUGUAGACUAGACGGAUUUUACUGGAUCAGUAUUGCGUUAUGGAACAAAAAUUGCUGUGCAUAUGCAAUGUAUGUUUUUUUUUUUUAUGUGUUUUUUUUUUUAAUUUUAUUUAUUAGAGGGCCCAGGCAUAAAAGUUUAAAACAUUGUAUAGGCAUCCUACAGUGAUUGUUUUCUGUUUAUUGGCACAGGCACUGUAAAGUGUGCAAGAAAUUUCACUGUUCCUGAU